AUGCUUUCGUUUUCUUUAUCCCCGAAAAAUGUUUCGCUUCGGUGGAAACAUAAUUUCUCUUUGCUUUUUCUCCAUCGGAAAUCAAUAAAAGUCUCGUCAGCUUCACAAAUUUUUAUAUUCGUACUUUUAAGUUAUAGCAUCCAUGUAAUGGAUAUGAAGAUUUUGAUGGUUGUUUUAAUAGUUUGUGCAAUUUUCACGAGCAUCAAAGCGGAUUCAACAAGAAGAAAUCAGAAGAAAUUAAAAAUAAGUCGCAGAGAAGAUGAUGAUAGUGAGUUUUAUUUUUUAAUUUUAAAUAAAAAUUUUUAUUUAAAUAAAUUU